GCGAGGUUCAGUACGGUCGCUGCGCUCAUCGAGUGCGGACACGCCUCUCGCUGUCAUCAAGACAUCACCCAUGUGCCACAAGCUCUUUGUCUCGAAGUUUCUUGUUACAUGUUAUGCGAACCACUUGAAUUUUGUGACGUAACAAAGAGCCAGUGAUGGAAAUACGUGGCCUGUGAGUGAUCCGAUAAACCGAAGAUAGAUAGCGUGCGUGGUUUUGUGUGUGGUGGUGUUAGGAUAGGUUGGCAUGGCUUGAGCUUCACAGGCGCCGACUUCAUCAAGUGUUAGCUCUAGGACUCAAGGGAGAUGGUAAACGAUACUUACGGUGCUAGGAUAUGUGUUGCAUCAACACUCAUAUACACGCGUCUCUUCGUGUAACAAGUCAAGCAUGGUGAUGACCCUCGCCUCCACCCGCAAGUUACUCAUCGAUUUUCAGCAGGGAAUGUGUGUGUAGUACCCUGAGGGACGUCCACACUCCGCCUGUUCGAUGGUAGACAGAUAGCAUAAAACCCAUUAGGUCGUAUACGACCAAAAGCUAAAGAAGGGGAAAAAGAAUAGUGGCGUAACCAAUACUCCGGUUGGGGGCUAACGUUGGGCUUCCUGCCAGUACAUGCUGUAUGUAGCAUUACUUCCAUCGUGUGAGCGAUUAAGCCUUAAUUAUCAAGCAGAAGGUAAACCUCAGCUCUUGUCACAGCCGUCAGCUGCUAAGACAAGUCUUUGUUGUCAGCCGUCAGCUGAACCAAGACUUUUUUUGUCAUUCAUCAGCUGAUCCAAGUCUUUGUUGACAUUAAUCAGCUGUUUGGGCCGUGGGCAACGUUCCCAGUAUCUCCCACACAACACUCUCCACACCAUCCACUUAAUCCCUCGCAGCAGAAAAAUAUUUAAUUUACUUUUAUUUUUAAAGUCGAUGUUAAAUGUAGCCAUGCAUUAGAGGCUGUUUAAGGUGCGCACAGGGAACGUCAGCAAGUUAGGCUUGUUGAGUUGACGCCAGCGAGAGUAGCGAACUGAUACAGCAAGAUAAACAAGAGUGCUGGAGAAGUGUCAACACCUUGAAGGUCUGUGUUAUCACCACCAUUGUCGAGUGUGCUGCUUCCUCCCCCACCAACCCUCCUCCCGCCCCAGCACUCGCGUGCACUCGCCACGCACAACGCCCAAGUGAAAGUGGAACGCCAAUCGUUUAUAUUGUGAGUCCACAUGCCGCUCGGCAUUUCCGGCACGGCGUUGAGUUUUAUACAUCUGUAACGGAAAAAAUAUAUAUAUAAAAUAUUAACUCUCUAUGACAAUAGAGAUUAGUGCCUUAAUUACUAGCUAUAGCACCGGCCAAAAUCUUGAAGCGGAUUGAGUGGUGGAGGGGCGGAGAGGUGUUGAGGUGGGCGGCGGCAGGAUGACUGUUCCCCAACACGAGACACAACCCAGGAAAGGCGAUAUGGAGGAGGAGGCGGAAGGUGGGAGCGUGAAGACCAUGCCCACCCCCCCUGACGGUGGCUGGGGAUGGAUGGUCGUCUUCGCCUCCUUUAUGAUUCACGUCUUAGCGGACGGGUUCACCUACACCUUCGGGAUCUACUUCGUGCAGCUGAUGCAGUACUACGACGCCUCCGCCGCCUCCACCUCCUGGAUCGCCUCCAUCCUGGUCGGCGUCACUCUCGGCUCAGGACCGAUAGCGGGGAUGCUGGUGAACAAGAUGGGGUGUCGGGUGGUGACGGUGGCGGGGGCCCUCCUCGCCUCCCUCGCCCUCUUCCUCUCCAUCUUCGCUCCCAACGUCGAGACCCUCUACGUCACCAUCGGCCUCGGCGCAGGUCUAGGGUUUGGCCUCAUCUACUUGCCGGCCAUCGUCUGCGUCACCGGCUACUUCGAGAAGAGACGUUCCUUCGCGACGGGCAUCGCCGUCUGUGGCUCUGGCAUUGGUACCUUCGCCUUCUCCCCAUUGGUCGAGUACCUGAUAAAUGAGCUCAGCUGGCAGAACUCUCUGAUUAUCAUCUCAGGGAUCAUGCUAAAUUGUGUAGUGUUUGGUGCAAUGUUCAGGCCACUCGAGGACAACAUUAUACUCCAGAGAGAUGACCUUGACAUCGAGGAUCCAACUACCCCUGAGUUCCUACCCCUUAGUGACUUGCCAAUAAUAAAGUGGCACCUCUCAAAUCCAGACCUCCUUAUAACGGAUCCCUCAAAAGAAAGGACCAAAUUCGGGCUACCGAAGCUCCAUUCCAAAUAUCGGGUUUGUUGGAAAAUUCCAGGUUCCGGAGGAUUUGUAAAAUCCAGAUCAUUAGGUAAAGUAAUAUCCUGUAGAUCAUAUUUUUCCCAAUUUUAUGUAUUCUUGUUUUUUUUUUAUUAUUCAGAACAUCUGUGCACCAUGUCGGCUCCAAAUGCAGCCAUUGUAUCAGUGAAAGCUUCAACAAGCAGUAUAUGUAAAAUAAAGAGGUCAGUAAUGACAUUUGAGAAGAAAGUUGAAAUAAUUAAGAAGACAAACAAUGGAAUCCCUAGAAUCCUGAGAAGUGCUGUGUGUUCGAAUAUGUCAUUAGGAAAAGAGUGUAAUGAAGAUGAUGGUGAAGAAGAGGAUGAUGGUGAGAAAGAGGAUGAGGAAGUGUUAAAGGAAAAAGGUAACAUGGAAAGAGUUCAGCAAUAUUUUGAAAGCAUUCUUGCAUUUAUGGAAACAAGUAACAGUGAGUUUAAACCUGAGGACAUGAUGAACCAAAAAUACCUCACUCACCGUAGACCUUUCCUUACAAUAACCUCAUCGUCAGAGCAGAGGACACCAGUCUCCUCCACACCAAUAGAACAUCCUGUAGUAUCUCUUACUUUCCUAUUCAGGCAAGACCCUGGCAGCUACAGAGCAUCCAUGGCGCGUCUACCCAACAAUGAAGAAACACCCAGCGAGGUCGAGAAUGCAAAGGUGUGUGGGUGCGUUCCAUGCUCAAGGGAGACACGAGAUGCCAUGAACAGUUUGAUGGACUGGGGUCUCCUCACAGACGGUAUCUUCAUACUCUUUGCCAUCUCCAACUUCUGCACUUCCAUUGGAUUCAAUGCACCAUACAUAUUUAUAGUUGAUCGUGCUAGACACCUAGGCAUCCCUGACAGCCAGUCAUCAUUCUUGUUGGCUGUGGUAGGAAUAUCCAACACCGUGAGUCGAAUUCUCCUCGGCUACAUUUCUGACCAGGCGUGGGUGAACCGCCUCUACCUCUACAAUGUGUCCCUCACUCUGUGUGGUAUUGGGACAUGUGUGAGUAUAUGGUUCAACACUUAUUCAUCACAAAUCUUCUAUGCAGCAGUAUUUGGCUCCACGUCUGGAGCAUAUGUAGGACUUACUUCUGUUGUCUUAGUCGACUUGCUGGGCAUGGAAAGAUUGACUAAUGCCUUUGGACUCCUCCUCAUGUUCCAGGGCAUUGCGUCUGUCAUUGGCCCUCCAAUGUGUGGUUCUCUCUUCGACAUGACUGACUCGUACGACUACAGUUUCCUGCUUGCCGGGAGCAUGAUUGCUGUGUCUGGCCUUAUGCUCUUCUUUAUCCCUUGCAUCUGGCGUGUGCAGGCCCGCAAGCUGGCCAAGCAGGCUUCUACCAAUUCUCAUAAAUAAUACUAUCUGCAGUAUGUGUGGCAAACAGUGAACUGAAUAUUACUUUAAUAUCCUGUUUUUGUCCUGGUUAUCUGGUGUGUGAGAUGUGCUUUGAUUAUCCAGGCUUUGUGAUGGUGAGCAAGACCCUCUCAAUUAUAACUGAAACAAACACUUAAUUUCAGUGUCAAUUUAUAUGAUAGAACACUUUGUACUGAAUUGACUUGUAUCACUGAAAUGAAUGAAUAUUGGAAAAGUGCUAAUUCAUAUUACUUUUAUUAGUAAAGAUUUAGUAUGGUUCCGUGGCACAAAUAAGACUUGCUGCCUAUGAGAAAAUAAUUAGGGUAACAAGAAGCUAUGCAAAUAGGAACACUUCUCACAGAACCAAACUGAAUCUUCUGGGAGGUGAGAGUUAUAUAUAUUAAGACACCACAUUUAGUUGAACAAGUAACAGCUAAAAGAAUGUCUGUCAGAAUUGGAUGUUAUCUUGGAGGGCUAUAUUCAAGUACAAGUUUAUUAUUAGGUAGAGCCUGGCAGCAUUUUCAGUCAUGAGACAGUUAGCCUGCUAGUGCCAAGCUGUUUUCUCCAAGAGGCCCAAAAUGAUGCAGAAAACAAUUAUUUGUCAAUACUAGAGUAAGGAAUCUGUUUUGUAUUAUAUAAAUUUUAAUCAGAAAUGUUUGAAUGAAUUGUAAUUAGCAUAAAAUAUGUUAUAUACAACUGAUGUUUUUAAUGCUAUUGUAUUUAUUACUGAUCAGGUCACCUUACUUUUAAUACGCUAUUAAAUUUAUCACCCUGAAUUUGAACUUUGAAAAAUUACAUAAUACAAAGUAAUAAGAUUUUAUGGGACCAGGUGCUACAGGUUUAGUGCAAAAUUACCCAAUAGUUAAGUGUCUCCCCUUUGGUAAGAUUGUACUGGUGUCGUGUUUCAGAGCUACAUGCGUAAGCACAUUUAACUUCAUUACAUAUCUUUGAGUAAGUACUCUUCAACUGACUAAUCUACUCAUUGCCUCCAUUGGAAAUAAAUGAAAUAAUGCUAAAAGAUUUCUUAUUUAUGUAUUUUAUAUAUGAAUGCUUACUUUGUGAUUAUUGCCAGAUGAGGGCUGGGAUAUUUCACUUCCUAGAGUCGUCAUUGAGUUUCUUCAAUAAAGGAGAAAAUUCACCAUUACUUUUAUAAUAGGCAUUUUAGUGAAGCCACUUUAUACAGUAUGAUAAAAGAUGGCAGAUUAUGCAUAUUAAGAUAAAUAAUCUUGGAGUCUGAAGGUUAUGUAUUGAAUGAUUUGUAUUGUUUGCUGUCCUUGAUACACUAAUAAAGAGUCCAUGUGGUGAAUUAGGCACCGAUUCAUCACAAUGAUUACUAUUAACUUAUGAUGUUGGUCAAGCACUAGAGAAUAUGCAGUAUGAGCUGGCUGUUUCUUGUGGAUGUGUAGCGAGUGUCAUCCCCAAGUGGUAUGUUGAGGUGACCAGCUAGUGUGAUGUGUACACAACUGCUCACCUAGGAUGGUAUGAUCAGUGAUGGUCACCUAGGGUGUCACAAGCAGGGAUGGUCACCUAGGGUGUCACAAGCAGGGAUGGUCACCUAGGGUGUCACAAGCAGGGAUGGUCACCUAGGGUGUCACAAGCAGGGAUGGUCACCUAGGGUGUCACAAGCAGGGAUGGUCACCUAGGGUGUCACAAGCAGGGAUGGCCACCUAGGGUGUCACGAAUAGGGGUGAUCACAUAGCAUAGUAUGAGCAGAGAGGGGCAUUAAGGGUGGCAUGUUUAGUGCAUGUUUAGUGUUGUGGCAGCACGUCCUUGUGUGGUGGGUUGCGUGAUGGUCAGAUGCAGUCAGUGAGACACACAACAGUGGCUAUACAGUGUAUUAUGCUUACCGGUAACCACUAAAUAUGCUAAGUUCAGAGAUGGUGGUUAUAUUUACACCAAUGAUUGCUCUAUUGAUACAUGGAAGUAUAGCCAAUCCUAGAUGUAUGUGGGUCGUGUUAUGUGGAUGAUCCUGUAGCACACAAUACAGGAAUGGUUCCUUAGCAUCAUAGUAUAGGAAUGGUUCCUUAGCAUGGUAUAUACAGGAAUGGUUCCUUAGCAUGGUUUAUACAGGAAUGGUUCCUUAGCAUGGUAUGUACAGGAAUGGUUCCUUAGCAUGGUAUAUACAGGAAUGGUUCCUGAGCAUGCUAUAUACAGGAAAAGUCCUUUAUUAUGGUACAGUAUUUAUAGGAAAGGUCCUUUAUCAUGGUUUGCAUAGUAAAGCUCCCCGAUCAUGAUAUACAGUAUACAGGAACUCUCCCUUAUAAUGGUAUACAGUAUAAAGGAAAUCUUUCAUUUCAGUUAUAUAAUUGUGUAUAGGAAAGCUCCUUUAUCAUAGAAUAUACAGGAAAGGUCCAUUAUCACAGUAUAUACAGAAACUGUCCUUUUCAUGGUAUGUAUAGUAAUGGUUCUUUACUAUGGUGUAUACAGAAAAGGUCCCUUUAAAAUAACAUAUAUAUUAAUGGUCUCUUAUCACAGUAUAUAUAGGAGCAGUCCCUUAUCAUCGUAUGUACAGGAAAGGGCCCUUAUCAUGAUAUAUACAGGAAUGGUCCCUUAUCAUGGUAUAUUCAGGAAUGGUUCCCUAUCAUGGUAUGUACUUGAAAGGUCAUUUGCUAUGGCAUAUACAGGAAAGGUCCCUUAUCAUGGUAUCUAAAGGAAAGGCCCAUAAUUAAGGUAUACAGAGAAAACAUCCCUUACCAUUGUAUAUAGAGGAAAGGUCUCUGGCCAUGGUAUAUACAAGAAAGGUCUCUGGCCAUGGUAUAUAUAAGCAAGGUCUCUCAUCAUGGUAUAUACAGGGAAGGUUUCUUAUCAUGGAAAUACAAGAAAGAUCUCUCAUCAUGAUAGCAUAAGUGACCUUUCCUCUAUGUAUGUACAGGAAAGGUCUCUCAUCAUGGUAUACAUAGGGAUAAACCUUUGGGCAUGUUUCCUUUCACCUAAUGAACCAGUUCAUCUAGCAGUAAAUAGAUACACAGAAGUUGGGUAAUGAUUGUAGGUUGUGUAUCCUGGGAAAGGUCAAUAGUUGGUCUUUUUGGGAACCUCGACAACUCUUAAGUACAGGCUUCCUGUCCCUGACAACCUUAAACCAUGCACAGUACUGAAAAAAUCCCCUAGCAUGGUACAGUAUAUACAAAAGUGACCGCUUAGCGCAUGGUAUAUACUGGAAAAGUUUCUUGUCAUGGUAUAUACAAAAGGGAUCUCUUAGCUUGGUAUAUACUUUGCAUGGUAUAUACUGGAAAGGUCUCUUAGCAUGGUAUAUAUUGGAAAGGUCUCUUAGCAUGGUAUCUAAUGGUAAAAGUCUCUUAACAUGGUAUAUACUGGAAAGGUCUCUUAGCAUGAUAUAUCUGGAAAGGUCUCUUAGCAUGGUAUGUACAAAAGUGACCUCUUAGCCUGGUAUAUACUGGAAAGGUCUCUUGGCAUGAUAUAUACUGGAAAGGUCUCUUAGGAUGGCCUAUACAAAAGGGAUCUCUUGGCUUGGUAUAUACUGGAAAAGUCUCUUAGCAUGGUAUAUACUGGAAAGGUCUCUUAAUAGCAUGGUAUAUACUGGAAAGGUCUUUUAAUAGCAUGGAAUAUACUGGAAAGGUCUCUUAAUAGCAUAGUAUAUACUGGAAAGGUCUCUUAAUAGCAUGGUAUAUACUGGAAAGGUCUUUUAAUAGCAUGGUAUACUGUAUACGGGAAAGGUCUCUUAGCAUGGUAUAUACUGGAAAGGUCUCUUAGCAUGGUAUAUACUGGAAAGGUCUCUUAGCAUCAUAUAUACUGGAAAGGUCUCUUAUAAUGGCAUUUACAAAAGUAACCUCUUAGCAUGGUAUAUACUACAAAGGUCCCUUGACAUGGUAUAUACAAAAGGGAUCUCUUAGCUUGGUAUAUACUGGAAAGAUUUCUUAGCAUGGUAUAUACUGGAAAGGUCUCUUAGCAUGGUGUAUACUGGAAAGGUCCCCUAGCAUGGUAUAUGCAAUUGAUUCCUUAGCAACUAGGCUAUACAGGAAUGCUCUCUUAACAAAGUGUAUGCAGAAGUGAUCUCUUUGCAUUAUAUAUACAAGAAUGAUUCCUUAGCAUGGUAUAUACAGUUUUAGUCUCUUAGGGUAGUAAAUACAGCACUUUUUGUUUAAUGUAGUUUAGUAUAUACAAUAGAGGUCACUUUGUUUAGUAUACUGUGUAUAGGGGUGACAAGUUACCAUGGUGUAUACAGAGGUGGUCACUUAGCAUGGUAUAUUUAGGGGAUAUUCACAAAAUAUGGUAAAUACAGGGAUAGCCACUUUACAGUACAAUAUUCAAGUAUGGACACUGCUUGGUAUUUACAAGAGUGAUGACAUUUUGGACAUACAGCAGUUACUUGUCUUCAGUAAAAAAAAUACCAGUUUUUGCAAAUAUAUUUCUCUAAUAAAUGAAAUAGUGAUGAAAUUUUAUUGUAUGAAAAUUAACAGAUCUUAAUCAGUUUGUUGAUGCUUUACACAACCCAGGCUAUGCACUGUUAAAUUGGAAAAUUAUGAAAUGCUUAUUUGUGAAUAGUCCCUCGGUGUCUUCCCAUGUCACAAUCCAGCGAGGACAUUGCAUACCCGCCAGGCUCUCACCGACCUGUAGCCCAUGGUGACCACAAACAUUUAUGGUCUUGUUACCUCGGUAUAGAAGGCAGACAGGGGAGAUAGUUUCAUACACAACCAAGGAACCGCUUGCUAUAAUACAAAGGAGCAGAACCAUGGCAAUCGACUUUCACUGUGUGAGAUAAAUAGCAUCACAAAGAUGGUCAUUUAGCCCUCUGGUGGAACUGAAGAAAAGAAACAAUGCCAUUGCCAUAAUGAUCCAUAGUAAGUCAACAUACUAAAACCUUCAGUGACAGAUCCUCGAAGGAAGACUAAAUAUGAAACUUUACUGAAAUUGAAGGACCCAAUCCAAAGCACAGGUUAGCUUCAUCAGGACAAUUAAAGGUUAAAGAUGAAAUAAGAUACAAGCCACUUUAAAAAAAGGAUGAGAGAGAUCCACACCAAAGUCCAACAUCAAUGGCUCUGCCAGAAUCAACCAAUAAGACAAAAUCAUGUUAGGCAUGAGGCGAUGCUCUUCAAAAGGUCUUGAGAAACAGGUAGACAACUUAAUUGAAUAGGCUUCUGCAGAACUGGUUGUAGUGGUAAGGAUGGAUGACAGACUAUAAGUUAGGGCUGUAUGUGUCUCUGGCUGUUGUUAUAGUGCUGCUGCUGCCAUUUUGUAGCAGUUGGGAUUGUAAUUAGUUAGCUGAUACAGUAGUUAUCAGAGUUGAAUGGCUUUUCUUAUGAUGCCAUUUAUCUGUUAUUGGUAGAUGACUACUAUGGUUCUGCUCUUUUGCUAUAUACAGAGCAAUUGAGGGGGAGGGGCCUUGCUCAUAAACGUUUAAUUUAUAAGUGGCCUCCUCUCACAUACAUAAUCAGGAACAUAAGAAUGCUAUUUUGGUUGAAUAUUAACAACUUGAUAAGGAUUUAUAUAUAUUGUGAUCACCAGCCAAACAAAGUGUAUAGGUUCCAGAUUUAUAAGAUUACUCCUCCAGAGGUUUUGGUGCUACUGGUGUCAUAGCAGAACUAAAGUAUGUGUCUUCUAGGUGCUGGUGUGUUCCAUAUUGGUACUCAGAAAUGAAACUUGAGUUCUUAAUGACUUUAUGAGAGUCCAUAAUCAUGGAAGGGAUAUUUUGUGUAUACCAAAGCUGGUUACUCAUAUUGCCCAUUUUCUGAGCUAGCAUUUUCCUCAUCAGACUAAUGUAGACUUAUUUGAUUUAAAUAAAUAAGAUAGUCAAUACAAAAUCAUUGAAAAGUGAUGAGUGAUCCUGCCAGACAGAUGGUUGUGCUCAAGAUAAUGGAUGCUCUAACUGCUUUAAGGGCUAAUGUGUUUUUCAGAAUGCUAUGAAAUCAAAGUAACUAUAUUUAUGAAUGAACUCAGUGGAGGCCAUUAAGCAUGAUCCUGGAUAGGUAUUGUGUUGUGCUGGUGGUGGAAUAUCAUAUUAUGUCAUUAAGAUGAUACUCGUAUAUUCCAUACCAGGAGUUUAGAACGACUGCUGUUUAAUCUUAGGUUUUACAUACUGUACCACUGUGUGUUAUGGGCUAGAGCAGUGAGGUGGUGGGCCUUAUGUCUACUCUUGAUAGUCUCUACUCUUCCACUACUUGUAUUUAUUUUGUCUCUGCUAAUGAGAGCUCAUUCUCACAAUACUCUACUUAGUAAGAUAUAUUUAAUUAGUUAUUAAUGCAAAAGUAAAAUAGAAAUGGUAAAUGUGAGUAUAGGACUUUAUCAUGAUCUUGGAAGCCAGCUCAGUUGUUUUGUGUUGCAACAGCAAUAUGUACCUAUGUGGUGAUGCUGUCAAGUUUUAUGGCAGCGUCUUGAUAUGAAAUAGUGUGUAUGGCAUAUUGCUUUACUCCUUUGCUCCUCAUGUAGGUGCAUCAUACACGUUAUAAACUUCUUCAUUUCUAAAAAACAUUUAUCGUUCCUUAAUCUUAAGUUCUUUCUUGUGGGGAACUUGUGAUUAAAAAACUGACAUUGUGUAUGGUGCACCAUACACAAUAUUAUACUAUGGUAUAAUAUAGGUGAUGAUUGUCAGAUCAGCCACAGACAAUAACUAGUGAUAACUAAGCUUAUUUGUUCAUUACAUUAUCAAAUAUAUUCUCUGUUUAAUAGGUUAUACAAUGUAAGGUCAGUGUAGCAAAACAUUUUUUAUAGAGAUUACUUGUUUGAAGCACCUGAGCUUCCAUUAUUGAUAAUUGCUUUACACAGUACUGUGAUUGUCUCGUAACACUUCAAGCAUGUAAUAAGAUAAUCCUUGAUAGGCUCGUGGAAAUGUUUGCAUAGUCUGGGUGAGAAGUGAUGUCCCUGCACUGGACUCUGGUUAGAGUUAGAUUAGGGUGCAGUUUCCUAACAGCUGUAAAAAUCUGCAUUCACUGUUUAACUAGUGAACACUUUACAUUAUAUUUUGAUUGGCAUUGCAAUCUAAUUUAGUUCAAGGUUUUGUUGAAUUAUUUUUCUUAAAAUAUAGUGAUUUGGAUUUGAAAAUAUACUUAUUCAUUAAUUAAAUGUAAUUUAGUUAAAUGGGAGCUUUUAAUGUGUACAAUGAAGAUUUUGAUGUGCGUUUUAAAUGCUGUUUUGUAUCUGAUGUUAGUAUGAGUGUUGUAUAGACAAUAUGCUCUUACAGUGUUUCAAGGAUUUAACAUAUCCAUUGAUUCCUUCAGACUCACUUUGGGUCGUUAUGAUUGGGCUCUACGAGCUCUGUGCGUACUUGGCAUUUUGAGGUCGAUUCCUUCCAGUCUUGUGUUCCUUACCUGGCAAGUCUACCUCAAUUAUGCCUUGUCAGCACAUCUGACAUGCCUUUCUUGCAACUUUUGCACUUUAUAACUUUACCUAAUGAAAUACAACACACAGCUCAAGCUUAGCUAACUUGGCUUACAACUGGUAUUGGCAAGCAUUGCACAAAUGUUUGCAAGAUGCAUCAUGAAAGAUAAUAUUUAUACAGUACUGUAUUUUAAACUCAUGAUUUAUGUGAAUUGUGGUCAAGUAUUUAAAGCUGGAAUUUUCAAAGAUUAUCAUACUGUACAUGUAUCACUAAAUGUAUACCUUGGGAAUAAGAAGCAGGUUUUUGUAAUGAGCUCAUAAUAUAAUUUGUUUAAUAUGCAGCGAUGCAAAAAUCAAGGCAAUUUGAUAAAUGCACUUGAAUGCUGUUGUUGAUAGUUAAAAUCUAGCAUUGUAAGUUUAUCAGUCAUAGGUGUACAUUUAAUUUUCUUAUUACAAGUGUUGACAAGUACAAUUUUCUUAUUACAAGUAUAAGAAGAGUAAAAAGUGCAUGAAUGGCAUACACAUUGGAUUUACUGUACUUGUAAUGUAAAUACUAUCUGUAGAAAUUGUGAGUAAAAAGGCCCCUUGGUGUAUUUAUUAAAUGAGUGACCAUUGGUACUGAUAUAGCAUCAUUGGAAAGAUGAGUGAGCAUAGGAAUAGCAUACAUUGGAAAGAUGAGUGAGCGUAGGAAUAGCAUACAUUGGAAAGAUGAGCGAGUGUGCAUGUAACAUACAUUGGAAACAUGAAUGAGCUGAAUAAGUGAUUAUUCCUUGUGAACAAUGUAUGUACAGGAUAAGAGAUUAAUUUUCAAUCAAUCUACUGGAGCUUGUGCAUGCUUUGACUCACUGCAACACCAAAGGUAUAGACUACCAAAUCAUGUUUAACAUAUCUAUUAUUUAUGCCUUUAAAUUAAUACAUCCACAUUACAUACAAAUUAUUUAUUCCAAACAGUUUAGUUUAUAUAGAAACGUUUGGGACUGAGUGAUGUGAAAAGGCUUUGAAUGUGCACUACUUGGAAUGUGGGGGCUUACAUGCCGUAGAAAGAGUGAGAGGCGAAUGCAUGAUGCAGUUUUAGCUGGUAGGUGACAUAAUGAUUGCUUACAUCAUAAAGUUCAUUUAAGCUGAGUUUGAGUGCUUCAUCAGCAGCAACGCUCAAUGACUGUGCCUUCACAUGCUUCAAGAAACAUAUUAAAAUGUACGUAUAGAAAGUUUUUUUUAAGUACAUUACAGUGACAAUGUUAAUCUGUGCUACAUUAUGCAACUGCUUAGGUCUGAAUUUUGGUGAAUGAUUAAACAUAUUAUAAAGGAAAGUAUUAUUGUAAUGGAAGAAGUAAAGAUUUGUCAAUUUUUGUAAUACAAUGCAUUUUAUUAGAUUCCACUUGAGUUAAUCUUGUCAGGAAAAAGCAGUAAGUGCUGGAGUGUAGAGUAGGCCUAAGCUUAUUUUGAUAUACUGGUGUGUAGAAUAGGCCUAGGUUUAUUUUUAUUUACUGGUGUGUAGAGUAGGCCUAGGUUUAUUUUUAUUUACUGGUGUGUGUAAAGUAGGCCUAGGUUUAUUUUGAUAUUGUGUAUUUGAAGAAGCGACAGUUGUCUCCUAUAUUUCACUUCCGCAACACAGCUUCAAACUCAUGGUAUUACGGCUUUCAAAUAAACUAUUAAAUAUUCUCA